AUUGCAAUAAUAAAUUGAAACAUACUCAUUUGUUCAAUCAAUCAAUCGGGUAGAAAAGGAUAGUUAUAAGCUGCUUAAAGCAACUUACCAAUCUGAAGUUUGUUUACUUUUUUUUGACUGAGCGGGUGAUUUCGACUUAGAAUUUUGACUUAUUUUCUUGUAAGAGUAUUUCUUCCACAGAUUUUUUAUUUAUUUUCUUGUUGAAAAAAAAUACCAACAUUAAUCACAAUGAGUGAUGCCAGUGAGUUCAUUAAAUACUUUGAAGAACUUCCUAAGGUUGGAAGCUUGUGUCGCAUUUUUGAAAGAAGCGAAGAUUUCUUUGUAUAUGGGGAUAAUGCUACACUGACAUGCAAAGGUCUGAAAGUUGGAGUUACUAGAACCUUAGAAUCUGAUGCUGGAUCAUUGAGCUAUGUGAAAAUACCCAAAAACAGUCUUGUUGAGACAGUGAGAUUUUUACUCUUUUAUCGUCAUUGUUGUGUAGAGAUGCUUAAAAAUACUGGAACUGCCAGAUCUCAAGAAUGGACUGUUACUGCCAAAGCAUCACCGGGCAAUACAAUUGCUUUUGAAGACAUUCUCUUUGCGAAAGACAACUCUUACUGCAUGCAGCAAAAGGGUAUCAUAGCUGUUAAAAUGACUACUUCAUCCAUAAAUCUGCUUGUUGGAAUUGCAUACUGUGAUCCUGUCCUUAGAGAAUUUCAUGUUUGUGAAUUUCAAGAUACUCCAGAUUUUUCUAUUUUACAGUCAGUAUUAGUACAGUUAAGUCCUCAAGAAUGUGUCCUACCACUAUCAGCUAAACAAAGCGAAACAGCCCCAGGUACUUUGAAAUCUAUCAUUGAGACACAUAAAAUUGCUGUGACUCAGAAAAAGUCAGAUGUCUUUGAACCUUUAAAUACUGCAGAUGUUCUUCGAUUAUUUAUAUCUUCAUCAGAUCUUGAAUAUAAUUUUGAAGAGUGGCAGUCGUCAAAUAAAGGCUGCAGUCUUGCUGCUGCAAUAAGAUAUUUAGAGUUAUUAUCAGAUGAAAAUAAUUUUGAGCAGUUUCAACUAAUUGAAUUCAACACACAGCUUUAUGCUAGAAUUGAUAAAGCUUGUUCAGUUGGUCUUGGUUUGUUUGCUGAAAAAGAUUCUGAUGUGGAUGAAAAAGAUUAUCUAUACGGGUUUUUAAACUCUUGUCGAACAAGUGCCGGUGAAAGAUUAUUAAUGCAAUGGAUAAAGCAGCCUUUAGUAGACAAGAUUAAAAUAGAGGAACGUUUGGAUUUAGUUGAUAUAUUUGUUCAAGACAGAACAUUUAUGAUCGAAGUCCAACACUUUCUUGAGAAGUUUGUAGAUAUUGAGCUCCUUGCAAGAAAAAUUCACCGAAGAGUAAUCAACUUACAGGAUUUUUACAAGAUUCAUACGGUACUAACAAAAAUUCCAAAUCUGUCAAAAUACCUUUCUCAAUAUGAUGGUGACAAAAAAGCAGUCUUGGAACAUCUCAUAAAUGUCCCAUUGAAAGAAAAAAUCGAAGAAUUAGACAAACUGCGAGAAAUGAUUGACGAUAUGAUCGAUUUUGAUGCUGUUGAAAAUAGAGAAUAUGUUAUUAAGCCAGAUUUUGAUGAAAAUCUUAAAGAAAUGAGGGAAGAAAUGGAGAAUUUACAAAAGUCUAUGAAAGCUGAUUUAGAAAAGACAAAAACUGAUCUAGGUCUUUCAACUGUAAAAUUAGAACUGUAUGAAAGGAAUGGUUAUGCUUAUAGAAUCACCUUGAAAGAAGAAAGCAAUUUGAGGAAUAAAAAGCAAUACACUAUACUUACCACAGGAAACAGUGGAGUAAAAUUUCAGAGUCCUGCUUUACUAAGAAUGAGUGAUAAUUAUGCAACAUUGAAGAGAGAUUAUGAGGAAAUUCAGAAGAAAAUUGUUAUUGAAAUGAUAGCAAUUGCUGUUCCUUACACGCCUCACCUUAAGGAAUUGAGUGGUACCUUAUCCUGGCUUGAUGUAACAGUUGCUCUUGCACAUAAAGCGGCGAAUGCCUGCAACACUUAUGUGCGCCCAAUUAUAACUGAAAAAGAUUAUUUUUACUUGUGUUUAAAAGAUAUGCGUCAUCCUGUUCUAGAAGAAAAAUUACAAAAUUUUAUUCCUAACUCUGUUGAAUUGUCUGCUCAAGGAAAGAACUUUUAUUUUGUUUCUGGACCAAAUAUGGGAGGAAAAUCAACUUAUAUUAGAUCUGUGGCAAUAAAUGUGCUUUUAGCUCAAAUCGGGUCCUUUGUUCCUUGUUCAUCAGCAGAAGUUUCUCUUACGGAUGCCAUUUAUACUCGAAUAGGAGCUUCUGAUAAUCCUACUAGUGGAAUUUCAACAUUUAUGCAUGAAAUGCUAGAAAUGCAACGAAUGUUAAAAAAUGGUACCUCCAGGUCAUUACUCAUCAUUGAUGAAUUGGGAAGAGGUACAUCAACAGCUGAUGGUUAUGGACUUUCACAUUCUAUUUCAUGUGAAAUUGCUUUUCGUUUGAAAGCUCCCUGUUUGUUUGCUACUCAUUUUCAUGAGUUGACGAGUUUGAGUGAUACUGUUCCUGUGAUUGGUAAUUUACAUGUUGAAGCUAUACAAUCUGAGAAAGAAAUAACUUUCUUAUACCAAGUGAAAGAAGGAGUGUGCACAAAAAGCUUUGGUGUUCAUGUUGCUGAACUUACUGGUUUCCCACCUAAAGUCAUUGAGGACGCUAAUGCUAAAUUAAUUGAACUCGAAAACAGCAUCAUGACUUAUGAGGAAGUAUCAAAUAUUUUUGGUCAUUUGCCAAAUGCAGAGAAACUUUUAACACCAUUAAAGGGUAUUCUUCCCUCUAAAGGAGAAUUUUUAUCUUCAAAGGAUGAAGCCAUGGAAGUUGAUGAAAAUACUUCAACAAAUGGAACAGCUGAGAAUAACUCAUCUUGCUUUACUGAAACUAUUGAGUUAGAGAAAGCUAAAGAAUUAUUACGUAAAUUAGAAGAAAUGGAAAAAGCUGUAUUUUCUUAAUUUCCUUUCACUUUUAAUUCAUUUCAUAUUGAAAGGAAAUAUGCUUUUAAUGUACAAAAAGACUUGAAUUUCUCAUCUAGUGAAAACACCACCUAACAGAAAUGUUCAACAUAAAUUUUGUGAUACUUCCGUACAAAUAUGCAUUUUUAAAUAUGUUAAAAUAUAAAAACAUGUGUGAUAAUCUGUAUUUCUCCCAUGUGUAUAUAUCCAUAUUUCGUAGUUCUGAAUAAAUCAUUUUUAUAUAAAAA